AUGAUGUCAGGUGAUGCAGAGAUGGCAGAGUUUGGGGUGGCAGCUCCAUACCUCCGCAAAUCAGAGCGUGAAAGGAUCGCAGCCCAGAACAUGCCUUUCGAUGCCAAAACGGCCGUCUUCGUUCCUCACCCAAAGCAGGAGUACGUGAAAGGGAAAAUUAAAGGCCAAGAAGGCUCUGAGGUGACUGUGGAGACUGAAGAUGGAAAGAUCGUCACGGUGCACUCGGAUGACGUUCGUCCUAUGAACCCUCCUAAGUUUGACAAGAUUGAGGAUAUGUCCCUGCUGACCCAUCUCCAUGAACCUGCAGUGCUGUUUAAUCUCAAAGAGCGCUAUGCUGCCUGGAUGAUCUAUACUUACUCAGGACUCUUCUGUGUGACUGUGAAUCCUUACAAGUGGCUUCCAGUCUACAAUCCAGAGGUGGUGUUUGGGUACCGAGGAAAGAAACGCCAGGAGGCCCCUCCUCACAUCUUCUCCAUUUCAGACAACGCUUACCAGUUCAUGCUCACAGAUCGUGAAAACCAGUCCAUCCUGAUCACUGGAGAAUCAGGUGCUGGGAAGACGGUCAACACAAAGCGGGUCAUUCAGUACUUUGCGACAAUUGCAGCAAUGGGAGACUCCAGCAAGAAGGAGCAACUUGCUGGAAAAAUCCAGGGGACUCUGGAGGAUCAAAUCAUCCAGGCCAACCCUCUGCUGGAAGCUUUUGGGAAUGCCAAGACUGUUAGAAAUGACAACUCGUCUCGAUUUGGAAAAUUCAUUCGCAUCCACUUUGGAACCAAAGGGAAGUUGGCAUCAGCUGAUAUAGAAACGUACCUUCUGGAAAAGUCCAGAGUGACUUUUCAGCUUCUGGCUGAGAGGAGCUAUCACAUCUUCUAUCAGAUCUUGUCAAACAAGAAGCCCGAUUUAAUUGAGAUGCUCCUGAUCACCACUAACCCUUAUGAUUACUCAUUUAUCAGCCAGGGUGAAAUCACAGUGCUGAGUAUCAAUGAUGCUGAGGAGCUGAUGGCCACAGAUAGCGCUAUUGACAUCCUGGGGUUCAACAUGGAGGAAAAGCUCGGCAUCUACAAGCUGACAGGUGCAGUGAUGCACAACGGGAACAUGAAGUUCAAGCAGAAACAGCGUGAGGAGCAGGCAGAGCCUGAUGGGACUGAGGUGGCAGACAAAGUUGCCUAUCUGAUGGGGCUGAACUCUGCUGAUUUGCUGAAAGCACUGUGUUACCCUCGAGUGAAGGUUGGGAAUGAGUACGUCACCAAGGGUCAGACUCCACAGCAGGUGAACAACGCGGUGGGUGCCCUGUCGAAAGCGGUGUAUGAGAAGCUGUUUCUGUGGAUGGUGGCUCGGAUCAACCAACAGCUCGACACCAAACUUCCCAGGCAGCAUUUUAUUGGUGUCCUGGAUAUUGCAGGGUUCGAGAUAUUUGAGAUGAACAGCCUGGAGCAGCUGUGCAUCAACUUCACAAAUGAAAAACUGCAGCAGUUCUUCAACCACCACAUGUUUGUGCUGGAACAAGAAGAAUACAAAAAAGAAGGGAUUGUGUGGGAGUUUAUUGACUUUGGCAUGGACUUGGCAGCAUGUAUCGAGCUCAUUGAGAAGCCAAUGGGUAUUUUCUCCAUUCUUGAAGAGGAAUGUAUGUUCCCAAAGGCGACUGAUGGCUCCUUUAAAAACAAGCUCUACGACCAGCACCUGGGUAAAACCAGCAUCUUUCAGAAGCCCAAACUGUCCAAAGGAAAGGCGGAGUCUCACUUUUCACUGAUGCACUAUGCUGGAACUGUGGACUACAACAUCAGCGGCUGGCUGGAAAAAAACAAGGAUCCACUGAACGACACUGUGGUGCAACUUUACCAAAAAGCUUCCCUCAAACUGCUUUCACAGCUCUUUGCCACGUAUGCGUCUCAUGAUGCUGCGGAUGAAAGUAAGAGAACAUCCAAGAAAAAAGGAUCAUCCUUCCAGACUGUUUCUGCUCUUUUUAGGGAGAACCUGAACAAACUGAUGGCCAACCUCAGAUCCACACAUCCACACUUUGUAAGAUGCAUCAUACCAAAUGAGACCAAGACACCAGGAUCCAUGGAUCAUCAUCUGGUCCUCCACCAGCUGCGUUGUAAUGGUGUACUGGAAGGUAUCCGGAUCUGUAGGAAGGGAUUUCCCAGCAGGAUUCUUUAUGGAGAUUUCAGGCAGAGAUACAGGAUUCUAAAUGCCAGCGCGAUUCCUGAGGGGCAGUUUAUCGACAGCAAGAAGGCCUCAGAGAAAUUGUUGUCCUCCAUUGAUGUGGAUCACACCCAGUAUAGAUUUGGAUGCACAAAGGUGUUUUUCAAAGCCGGACUUUUGGGUCUUCUAGAGGAGAUGAGGGACGAGCGUCUGGUUGUGUUGAUGACACGAAUCCAAGCUGUGGCCAGAGGUUAUGUCACCAGGCUGAGGUUUAAGGAGAUGUUGAAGAAAAGAGAGUCCAUUUUCAUCAUCCAGUACAACAUCCGCUCAUUCAUGAAUGUGAAGAACUGGCCUUGGAUGAAGCUUUUCUUCAAGAUAAAGCCUCUGCUGCGAAGUGCAGAAGCUGAAAAGGAGAUCCAGAACAUGAAAGAGGAGUUCUCCCGACUCAAAGGAGAGUUUGCGAAGUCGGAAGCCAAGAGGAAGGAGCUGGAGGAGAAGAUGGUGGUGCUGGUCCAGGAGAAAAAUGACCUUUAUCUUCAAAUCCAGGCAGAGAGGGAGAACCUGUGUGAUGCUGAGGAGAGGUGCGAAGGCUUGAUAAAGAGCAAGAUCCACCUGGAAGCCAAAGUAAAAGAUAUCUCCGAAAGGUUGGAGGAGGAAGAGGAGAUCAACGCUGAAAUCACUGCAAAGAAGAGGAAGCUGGAGGAUGAGUGUUCAGAGCUGAAAAGAGACAUAGAUGACCUGGAGUUAACCAUCGCCAAAGUGGAGAAGGAGAAAUAUGCCACAGAAAAUAAAGUUAAAAACUUAAUGGAGGAGUUGACCACUCUUGAGGAAAACCUGUUGAAGUCUUCGAAGGAGAUCAAAUCUUUGCAGGAGGUGCACCGACAGACAUUAGAUGACCUCCAGGCCGAGGAGGACAAAGUAAAUUCUCUCAUGAAGAUAAAAACCAAGCUGGAGCAGCAGGUUGAUGAUCUGGAGGGAUCACUGGAGCAGGAGAAGAAGCUGCGUGCCGACAUGGAAAGAUCCAGAAGGAAGCUGGAGGGAGAUCUGAAGCUGUCCCAGGAAAGCAUCAUGGACAUGGAAAAUGAACGACAGCAGGCAGAAGAAAGACUGAAAAAAAAAGACUUUGAAAUCAGCAACCUUCAGUGUAAAAUUGAGGACGAGCAAGCCCUCAGCAACCAGAUACAGAAGAAGAGUAAAGAGCUUCAGGCUCGUGUCGAAAAGUUAGAAGAGGAAAUCGAUGCUGAGCGUGCUGUUCGGGCCAAAGUAGAGAAGCAGAGGUCGGAUCUGUCCAGAGAACUGGAGGAGAUCACUGAGAGGCUGGAGGAGGCCGGAGGAGCCACCGCCGCCCAGGCUGAGCUCAACAAAAAGCGAGAGGCCGAUUAUCAGAAGCUGCGCCAUGAUCUGGAAGAGGCCAUCCUGCAGCAUGAAUCUGUCACUGUCACUUUACGUAAGAAGCAGGCAGACAGCGUUGCAGAGCUCAGUGAGCAGAUAGAAAACCUGCAGAAGAUCAAGCAGAAACUAGAGAAAGAGAAGAGUGAGCUGAACAUGGAAAUCAAUGACAUGGUGAGCAAUGUGGAGAGCGUUCUUAAAAGCAAGGCCAAUCUCGAAAAAACGUGCAGGAACCUUGAAGAUCAUAUGAGUGAGCAUAAGACCAAAGCAGAGGAAGCCCAGAGGUCUCUUAGUGAUUACACCAGCCUCACUGCUCGUCUGCAAACUGAAAACGGUGAACUUGCACGACAGCUGGAAGAGAAAGAGAACGCUCUAUCCCUGAUGAGUAGAGUGAAAUCUGUGGGAAGCCAGCAAAUAGAGGAGCUGAAGAGACUUUUGGAUGAGGAAGUUAAGACCAAGAAUGCCCUGGCGCAUAGUUUGCAGUCGUCUCGUCAUGACUGUGAUCUGUUGAGGGAGCAAUACGAGGAGGAACAGGAAGCCAAAGACGAGCUGCAGCGCUGCCUGUCCAAGGCCAACAGCGACGUGGCUCAGUGGAGAACCAAAUACGAGACAGAUGCCAUCCAGCGCACCGAGGAGCUGGAGGAGGCCAAAAAGAGGCUGGCCCAGCGGCUGCAGGACUCUGAGGAGAUGACAGAGGCAGCAAAUGUCAAAUGUGCAUCACUAGAGAAGACCAAGCAGAAGCUGCAAACAGAGAUGGAGGAUCUGAUGGUGGAGCUGGAAAGGUCAAAUGCAGCCAAUGCCACUCUGGACAAGAAACAGAGGAACUUUGACAAGAUUUUGGCCGAAUGGAAACAGAAAUAUGAGGAAAGUCAGUCAGAACUCGAAACCUCCCAGAGAGAGUCCAGAGGGCUGAGCACAGAACUGUUUAAACUGAAAAACUCAUAUGAGGAAGCCCUGGAUCACCUUGAGAACACCAGAAGAGAAAAUAAAAAUCUUCAACAGGAUAUCACAGAUAUCUUUGAGCAAGCUGGACAAUCUGCUAAAAUUAUUAGUGAGCUGGAGAAAGCUGCAAAGCAAGCUGAGCAAGAGAAGAAAGACACCCAGGCAGCUCUGGAGGAAGUGGAGUCCUCUUUGGAGCAUGAGGAGGCAAAAAUUCUGCACCUUCAACUGGAGCUGAGCCAGAUCAAGUCAGAGGUAGACCGGAAGGUGUCAGACAAGGACGAAGAAAUCGACCUGCUCAAGAGGAACCAUCAGAGAACCGUAGACUCCCUGCAGAGCACGCUGGAUGCAGAGACACGCAGCAGAAACGACACAAUGAGGAUGAAGAAGAAGAUGGAAGGCGAUCUAAACGAGAUGGAGAUCCAGCUGGGUCAUGCUAACCGGCAGGCAGCCGAGGUGACCAAGCAGUUGAGAAACCUUCAAACUCAACUAAAGGAGACUCAGAUCCAUCUGAAUGAAGCCCUCCACUGUAAGGAGGACUUAAAGGAGGAGAUAGCUAUAGCAGAGCGCCGCAACAAUCUGAUGAUGUCUGAGAACGAGGAGGUCAAGGCGACUCUGGAGCAGUCGGAGAGAUGUCGGAAGCUCGUUGAGCAGGAACUGGUGGAGGUCAGCGAGAGGAUUCAGCUGCUGCACUCGCAAAACACAGGCCUCAUGAACUCUAAAAAGAAGACGGAGGCAGACUUGGCUCAGCUGCAGUCAGAAAUGGAGGAAACCAUCCAGGAGGCGAGGAACGCAGACGAGAAGGCCACGAAAGCCAUCACAGAUGCUGCCAUGAUGGGUGAGGAGCUGAAGAAAGAACAGGACACCAGUGCUCACUUGCAGAGGAUGAAGAAGAACAUGGAGGCCACUGUGAAAGACCUGCAGCAGCGCCUGGAUGAAGCCGAGCAGAUGGCUCUGAGGGGAGGAAGGAAGGAACUACAGAAACUAGAGAGCAGGGUUCGUGAGCUGGAAAAUGACCUGGAGGCUGAGCAGAAAAGCAGCGGCGAGGCCAUGAAAGGUGUGAGGAAAUAUGAGAGAAAAAUUAAAGAGCUCAUUUAUCAGUUUGAGGAGGAGAAGAAAAAUACAGCCAGGCUGCAGGAUCUGGUCAACAAACUGCAGCUUAAGGUGAAAGCAUACAAGCGGCAAUGCGAGGAGGCGGAAGAACACACAAGCAUCCAGAUGGCAAAAUUUCGUAAGGUGCAACAUGAACUGGAGGAAGCUGAGGAGCGAGCUGACAUCGCAGAGUCCCAGUUGAAUAAAUUAAGAGCAAGGAGUCGUGAUGUUGUUGGCAAAGGAGAACAGAAAUCUAUAUGAUGACAACUUUGUUACUGAGUUAAAUAUACUUUAAACUGUUUUCCUGUGUUCAGUCACAAGCUUUGCAGUGAUUAUUUUUUUCUCCUAGUUUAAAAGAAAAAAGUGUGAAAUUGUUUUAUUAGUUGAAGUAGAGUAGAAAAAACAUUGCUAUCUCUGAAAAAAUAUGUCCAGAUAACACAAAUAUAUGACACAAACCAGUGUUAGUUAUUAUGUGGCUCGUCAAGUUUUGAUAAGAUUUUUUUAUUUCAUGAA